AUGCAUUUUUCUCUCUACUUAGCCGCCUCAUCCGAUUGUGAGAAUCCUCCAUUAGAUAUAUCUAUCGUGAUCGAUCAAACAAAGAGCGUAGGAGCGGACAACUAUGACGCCAUGUUGGAUUCGGUCAUGGCACUCAUUUCGCAGUAUGAUGUCGGUGAAGAAAAGACACACUUCUCCAUCGUAACUUAUGCAAAAGACGCAAAAGUUCGUGUCAGCUUUAAUGACCCAAAAUAUCAAAGUAAAGCGGCCCUUCGUGCACUCAUUGAAGAGAUGAAGAAGAAGGACAAGUUAAGGAACCCGACGAGGACUGACAACGCCUUGAAAGUGGUCGGUGAGAAAGUGUUCGACGAAAAGAAUGGAGAUCGACCGGAAUCACCGAACGUCAUGAUCAUCUUCACUGAUGGAGGAACACAUAAGAGUUCUAAGCCUUACAGUACCGUGCUACCAACUCUUGAGGUGAGACCGUAAAACUGACAGUCUAAAUCUCGUCAGUUCGACUCACAUACAAAUGGUGACGAACGGCGUUGGAGAGCGGCCCAUUGAAUUUUCUUGUAUACAAUACCCCAAAUCAACUGGAAAGAAUUCUUGAAUAUUCAUUUACUUUUUAUUGUGUUACUUCUUCUGAUGAUUGUUCAUCGCUUGCCUUUUGCAAGCGCCAUGACAAGGUCAAAACAUCACGUCGUAGCUUCCCAUCAGCUAAAAGGUAAUGAUUAGUCGACUGUGGAUUGUUUACAUCUCUCCGAUGAGAUAGCUUGGGAUUUUCUUUGUUAAUCGUUUUUAUCAACUUGUACAAAUGAUAAAGUGACUUGUAGAUGAGGAAACAGUUGAAAAUUUGUUCUUCACAGACUAACAGCAAUUCAUGUAACUGGUCUGAAAAAGAAAAAAUAAAAUCUCAGCGAGUAUUAAGGCCUCGCAUUCCAAGUACUGAGUCGGUGCUUGGGUGCAAGGCAAAUUUAGUUGGAUUCUUGUUUCCCAUGAAAAAGGAAACCUGGUCGCGUUAUUGUAGACGACGUUCGAUGGACAGGCUUUAGUAGCAGUUUAUCAUUUAAGAUCAAUUCAUUGCUGGUCAGAAUUUUUCACUUUGCAGAUGCUAUGGCAAGCUCUAUCUUCCUUCUUAUUUCUGUCCCACGUCAGUUUGUCACCCAAUAAUCACACAUAUAACGGCUAAAAAGCAAUUGAUAGAAAGACAGACGAAAAAUAAGGCUCAUAAGAGCAAUCUCUCCACGCAGGAAAAAGGAGUACAGCGCGUGGCUGUGGGAAUAGGUAGAAAAAUUAAGCAGGCAGAGCUUAUAACUAUUGCUGGAGACGAGAAUCGAGUGGUUAAUGCCAAAAAUUUUCAAGACUUGAACAACCGGUUGGACGAUAUUCGCGAGGCUACUUGUAGUAAGUAUCAUUUUAAUUCAAUUAAAUAAAGAUGAAUGGACUUAAAUUAUUUUUUUUCCGUCUGCUCUUACUGCUACAUCCUAUAACAUUGACUAAAAGACAAAUUCUGAUGUUGAGGAUGUAGUUUUGGGAGACACCACGCCACCGCCACACUAUUCCGACUUCAUCCUAACUUUCCACGGGAAAGUGGCGGCAACUAAAUGGUAUUUACUAGAUUAUUUGCUAAAGGGCUAUCUCAUGAUAGCUCAUUAAAAGUGAAGUUUGUCUUCAAGCCCGAUGGCCCAGCAUGGCCAGCCAGAGCUUAUCACGGUUUCCUUAGCAUGAAACCACUAAGAGUGACCAAAUCCCUCCUAGGAUGGGAUUCUAAUUCAGCGUAAGGUUACCCCCAGCAUUUCAUCAGGCAUCCCAGACAAUUCGCUGGUAGUCAGUUAUACUCCUGGGUGGAGAGGGACACUGUCAGGGUAAAGAGUUUUACCGGCGAGGUCUCGAAGCCAGACCUCUCGACCUGCGGCUGGGGUUCAGCGCACUAGUCACUGGGCCACCGCGUUUCCUGCAGCUCUUUAUAUUGAAAACAAAAUGAUUCCUUGAGCAGGAGAUGACCGGGAAAUUCGCAAAUGAUCUUAAUAUUUGACUGCUGCUGUAUUUUUAGACAUUGAUGGAGGAUAUACCGAGUGGUCUGAGUGGAGUGAAUGCACAGCAACUUGUGGUGGAGGAAGUCGUUCUCAUUCAAGAACCUGCACCAACCCGUCACCGAAAAACAAAGGAAAAACUUGUAUUGAACAGGAUUUGGGUCCUAAUAUGGAAUCCGAAGAAUGUAACACCCGAGACUGUCGUAAGCAUGACGUAUUAACUUUUAUACACGCAGAUACACCAAAAUUUUUCUUGUUCUUAAAUAUCAUAUCCAAACUGUGCGCAGUGAGUAUGCUAUUACAAAAGAAGAUUCUAUUUUUAUAUUGGAAGUUGAAGUAGCAUGAAUGCGAGCUGCGUUUACGUUAGGUAAUGUUUAAUAUCUUUGUAAUGAACAAACACAUGUCCGCUUUUAGAUGGAAAUCCAAUGAAGGAAGGACCAACAUGCAUUUCUAGAUAGAAUUAAUCCACCCACUUGUAGGUGCUUUAGGUGCUUGAUCAAUAAGGUCUUGGCUUGCAUUACGCGUUUGAACAAAUUACUUUCCUCAGCCAUACCUGGUGGUUAUACUGAUUGGUCAGAAUGGGGAAAAUGUAGCGUGACAUGUGGUGGAGGAGUUCAGACACGAAAACGGACCUGUACCAAUCCCCCGCCGUCUGGUGGUGGGCCAACAUGUAUUGAGCAAAAUCUGGGACCAGCAGAGGAACAAAAGGAAUGCAACUCACAAGAUUGCGGUGAGUCAGUUUGAGGGUUAUGGUUACAUCCACGGGGCUUUAUUUCAAGAACAAUUCUCAAGCAUAACCUUUAACGAUUUAGAUCCCUUUGGUGUAAAACAUUUUCAACAAUCCUUCGAAAAUCUAAGACGUGUUAUGGCAAAGACCCAUCGAAGAAAACUUUAGAAAGAAUGGAUUCAUAAGGAGUUUGACAUUGUAAACGAAUGAUGUAUUCGAAGAUGUACAUUCCAAGAUCUUUUCUUUACCAUCAACAAUUUCGUUUUAUUCGAUGGGUUUUGAACAAAAACUUUGGAUCAACACUAAUGACAAAGAAAUGCGACUCACAGCGUUGUGAUGUGAGUUGUUCGGUGGGAAGGGUAGGUAAAACUAUUAGCUUUGUCAUAACUUUCAUUGUUUCACUGUGCGACAAAUGAAUGUAAAAACAAAAGGGAAGGUAAUGGUCUCUCUGAAUGAUUUUUCUGGUAUACUAUGAAGGACUCAGGAAAAUGGAUUCUCCUUAGAUAGGAGAUUAUGGUACCCUCAACACCACCAAACUGUAUGCUACGAUACAUAUUAUUAUUAUCAUCCCCAUCAUCUUGGUAUUCUAUUGUGCACGCAUGACCAUUUAAUGUCUAAUUUUGUACAGGUGAAGAUGGCAACUGGUCUUCCUGGGGUGCUCCUGGUCCUUGUGAUAAGACCUGUGGGGGAGGUACUCGAAUAAGAAAAAGAACAUGCACCGACCCACCUCCAUCUGGGGACGGUAAAGAUUGUGCAGGAAGCAGUACAAAAGAUGAGCCGUGCAACACACAAGCAUGUAUGUUCUUGUUCAAAAGUAUUUGUACAUCUUCGUUUUGUCGAAGUGCAGAUUAAUGUUUAUCGCAAGGGGAGCGAAAAUUCAAAUAUAGGGUAGCUCAUAAAGGUAACAGACAUUUCUCCGUUAGACCUCGAAUGGCGCCACGGCAAGCGGUAACAUGUCACUUCCCAUGUACAUACGUCGUAUGUAGACUACGAAAUGUGUAACCCACGAUAGCAUUCACUCCUAAUGCUUCGUUCUUCAAUUUCUUCCAGUUCGUCAUUUUUUUGCGUAGACUUAAAACUUAUCCAGUCCUCCAUAAAAACUCAGGCAUUUUUGGAUCGAAUCAAAUCGAAAUAAUAUUUAGACCUUAAUUAACCUUAGCAGUUCUGCGUCAACCCUACUGACAAUGUCAAUCGUGAAGUUGGGAGACACCCCGCAAGGAGAGGCAAAUAGUCGGCUUCUUGAUGCCCUAGACUAGAAGGGAAUCAUUAGACUGCCAGAUGAGGGGGGCAAGGAGGAGCGUUACAAUGGACUGAGAUCCCUUCCACUUAAAACUGACACAGUGAUGAGCUCUUACAUGAUGGCCCCUCCGGUUCCGAAGCUGACUUUUCCUUUUAUCCCUAUCAUGAUGGCCCCCUACCUCCAGAGCUGACUUUUUCUUCAUCUUUAACAUUUUAUCAUCAAGGCCCAACUUCACCUCCACCUCCACCUCCACCCAAACCUUGCAAGGAACAUCUCGACGUUGGUGUCAUUGUCGAUUCCUCCAACAGCAUCAUUCCCGUUGAUUACAAUAGAGCACGUGAAUACUUAGUUCGACUGGCUCAAAGACUAGAGGUUUCCGAAGCCGGAACACAUAUGGCGAUCCUUCUCUACAGUUGGGAAGCACAUCUCUGGCACAGGUCUGUACACUCAUGUCACACAUAGGCAGCAUCUAAGUUUGAAGAUGAGGCUGAACGCUGAACUUUCCAAUAUUUUUUUGUGGGGGGAGGGAGGAAGGGGGGUGAGGGGGUGAGGUUAAAUGGGACGUAAGCCUGUGAAAUGAUCUUGACGUUUAAAGUUGGUAUAGGUUACAAUAAAAUCAAUGCAUUUAUAACUAUACACCAAUAAAUUAUUUAUAGCUUUGUAUCCUGAAGAUUUCAGUAAUUUCGUAGUUACAGACAACAAUUUGAGUUUUUUUUUCAUUGCAUUAUGAAUAUCUUAUACUCUUACACUUGAUCCCAAAGACUUGCAAAACUCUCUUCCUUCAAUUAUUUUCUCCCAUCAAUGCUUUUCAGAUUUACCAAUCCGCAAAAUAUUGAUGCACUAACAGCCAAAGCCAGAAGCUUGCCGCAUAUUCGAGGUGGAACAAGAACAGACAGAGCUCUAGAACUAGCAGCGGAGGAGUUUUUUGGUUGGGACAAUAGUGGAGACAGACCCGAUAAACCAAAUGUGCUACUUGUUCUGACUGAUGGUGACACAAACGAAGGGAGUAAGCCAUUCAGUCAAGUUAUUCCUCCUUUGAAUGUGAGUUAUCUUUCAAAUAGGAAAUCGAAACGCUUAGAUAGACCCGAGAAACUAGCCAUGUAAGCUCUAAAAAUUACUUAAUCUCCGACUAAAAAUUCUUCUUAGGUUGAGACUGAUAUAGCCAAUUAAUCUCUUUCUGUACAGAGAGUCCUCGGAUUUCACACCCCAGCACUAUCUUCCUAUCUAAUUUUGCAGGAUGCAAGCGUAAGGAGAAUUGCUGUCGGAAUUGGAAGUGGAAUAGAUAUCUCGGAGCUUCAACAAAUUGCUAGCGACAAUCAUGAUGUACUACAGGUUUAUGGGUACCAGCAGUUAAUCCCCAGACUAGAGUCCAUAAUGACCAAGGCUUGUGAAGAUCAGUAUCCAGGUAGGUUGACAUGAAUAUAGCAUUGAUAGAAACUGUCAAUACUGGGUUAAAAUUUGGCCCUUUGUGAUACUGCUACUACUGUGCAGUCUUUUCGAUUCUAAAAUGACUGUUCAACCCAUAAAGAGUUCAGGCUUAAAUCAGGUUCUUCCAGGUUGUUCUGUCAUUUUCUCGCUGCUUCCAGUUACCUUCUGCAUGCAGUGUUCUUCCGAGUCAGGUUUCUUUUCACUGUCUUUCAAUCGUAGCCAAGGCCUUCCCUCUGUGAUAACUUCUACAAAAUAACAUUUUCUGAGCAAAAAAUGCAAUUUAGAUGUGUACGCUUAUUUCAGGUGUGUACGACGACAAUUAGUACAAGGCUUCUAGAAUAAUGACUACGAUGAUCUGAUCGUAAAUAAUCGUUGUGUCAUAGCUACAUGCAUGAUGUAUAUAAGUAGGACACACGCGUUAAGUUUCCCUUUAAAUCAGCAUUUCCAUCAUUUAUUUCAGACCCCUUUUUCAUUUUACUUUUGUUUGAUUGUAAUUAGGUGAUUGCGGUGAGUGGGGAUCUUACGGAGGCUGCAGUAGGAAUUGUGGUGGCGGAGCGCAGGUUCGUACCAGAAGUUGUCCUCCUAAAAGUCUACAUUUAACGAAACAAAGGAAGCAUUGCAACACAAACCUUUGUCCAGGACAAGGUAAAUACUCAUUAUUAGUUUAAUCGAUCGUUAUCAUAUUUGCUACUGUUUAACGAGGAUCGUUAUCUUGCUCGAUCAGCGGAUGAUUAACGACAAUUUACCGAAGUGGAGGUGGCUAGUGGUGAAUAUUUACCGAGCGGCGAAGCGGUGAAGCAGUGAGGUAAACAUCCACUGCGAGCUACCGACACUGAGGUGAAUAGUUGUUUAGUAUAUACUAAAACAGUGAGUUAAUACAGCUCGAAAAGAUUAUUUUGAAUCAUCUAUUCUUGUAACGAUUACAAUAUUUUCGGGUACAAAUUCCACGCGCGUUGCUCGGAGGUGAAUCACAAGAGAUUUUCGUAGUUUUAGUAGCCAAUCAGAACGCGCUUUCGACGCUAUUCACUGUUUUAGUUUAUAGUAACUAAUGAUAAGGGAUUUAUUUCAUAAUCAAAUUUGCAGUUUUUAAAACUGACUACGCCAAAUGGACGCUUCACUGAAUAGAACACAGUUCAAAAGUUUUGCCAAAAACUGUUGUAACAUUUGUUCCGCUGAGGUCCAAACUCGGAUUGAUGUUAGCCUCUUUCAAACGACUUGGCUGUAGUAUUGUGAUAGUAGUGGUAAUAAUAAUAGUAGUAAUAGCGGAAGGUAAAACUUUAGUGACAAUACUUUAUUACUACUCUUUAGAGCCCUGUCAAGACGUUGCAGGCGAUUGUGCAGUCAGAGCUGCUAAAGGAGACUGCUGGAGGACCGCUAAUGUACCUUCCAGUAAACACUUGCUCUACGUUGGCAGGACGUUUCCUUUGUGGAACACUUGUCCAAAAAGCUGCAGACGAUGCAAUGGUAUAAGUAAAAAGGCGAAGAUUGGCCUUUUUCAGUCAUCAAUCAUUUUCUUUAUAGUCUUCUUUUUCAUAUUAUAAUUUUUAUUCCUCAUAUUUAUCCUUUUCUUUGUCUUCCUUCCCCUUGAUAUUCUAUGAGAAUUUUACUUUCCAUCUUCUUCUUCUUCUUGUUUUAUUUCUUCGCCUCCUUGCCAUUCUUUAAUUUUUGUUCUUUAACUUCUUCCUUUUUUGUCUCUUUUUACGGAUUGCCUUCCAUGAUAUUCUACACGUAUUUUACUUCCUUUCAGUCGAUACCUCUUGUCAAGAUGGCGAUCCCUAUGUUUGUCCUUGGUGGUCAGUAGCUGAUCGCAAUAGCAGGAAAUGCAGCUAUACAUGGCAACAAGGCUGGACUCGGUACUCUCUAGCAAGUGAGCAGUGAAGUCGUUGAUAUAGAAAAUGCUCCCGGAAGAUGUACAUCUUCAGGAAGCUGAGAAAUGUUCCGACUGCUUGAGAUCAAGGCAUUAAUUUUUAUUUUAAAAUAGAAAUAUCGGAGGGGAUUGGUUUGUUUUGCUUUACCUCGUUUUAUGAUUGGUCCAUAAAACUCGCACCACUAACAUACGCUUGAAGUGGUUGAGUGUUUUUUACGUUUAGUUCUUUUUACCUUUUGACUGCUCAUGAUAUUUCCGUUUCAUCUGAUUUGCCGUUUUUAACGCUGGUUAUCGAAAAAAAACUUCGCAAAUGUAGAUAAGCAUUGAAAGAAAGGACUUUUUUUCAAUUCUUGAGAAACAACGACGUGACGAAGUGAAUGCGUGCAGUGAAGACAACAUCUUUCCAAGUCAUUAGGUGCUCACCAGCAACUUGAACAACUGAUAUAGUAAUAAUGAUUAAUGACGAGUUCACAUUCUGGCGAACCCGAUUUAAAAUUCUAGUUAAUAAUGAUUGGGUUUAUUAUCUAUUAUCUAAGAGAACCCCUUAAAACAGUUGGCCGAUAAUUUAAACAGACAACGGGAAGUAACUUCUCUAUUAGAGCAAUAAGGUACGUCUUCUAUCGUUUUUCAAUUAAAAAUUGCCCACUCGGAACCUGAACCUCCUGAGAAGCUGAUAACGAAAGAAUAGUUUUUGUCUGUCUCACUUGAUUUUGAAAAAUACCCCAUGAAGUAAAGUAUGUGUUAUCACUAUAAUUUCGUUUCCCUUCAUCCUUCAGACUAUUGCAAGAAAAGUUGUGGCAAAUGCAGCGGAGGAGGCGGAGGUGGAGGAGGAGGAGGAGGAGGA